AUGACAAGUAUUAGCAGCUUCGGCGAACAAAUGACGCAAAAUAUUCAGGAAGCAGCUCAAAGGAAAUUUGAUUUAUCGACCGUGCUGGAAGCCGACCAACAUCGAAUUUUCGCUCAGUUACAAGGUUUAUGUGGAUUUGAAGAAACCCCAUUAUUCUUUUGUUUUAUGGCGUUGCUAAGUCAUUUUUCCCGAGAUAGUUAUUACUUGGCAUAUCGCACUGAAGAUAAAAAGCCGAUCAAUUUGUAUGUUGUUCUAUUUAUGAUAAAAAACGUUGGACGUACAGUCCACUUCAAACACCAACCUCUCGAUGAGUUUGAUGAAUUACAGAAUAGCGAAGCAAAAGAACACAAAGAAGAAAACAAGAAGAAUCGCUAUCAAAUUCAAGAGAAACCAGUGCUUCGUGCAUUCAUGUAAGUGUAGCCAAAAAGUCGAAGAAAAAGUGAAGGACUACUAAAAUUUUUGUUUUCGUCUUCAUGUUUUCUACAUCUACUCAUUUUUUGUCACGUAUACGCAUUUCACUUUAUAUUACUGUACAUAUUCCUCGUUUUGUUUGUCCAUUUAUUAAUUUCAAAUGCAAGUCAUUUACUCAUAAUUGUAAAUAUUUUUGUUCUCUCAAUUUUACUUCAAGUUUCCAAGUGAUAACUGCAUUGCUAGACAUAAACAGCAGGUCAUUGUAUAGAUAGAAAGCAGUCGGGUAAUAUUGUUACUUUUUUUGCAAUUUUUUCUAAACUUUCUUUUUUCUUUCUUCGUUUCGAACCUACAAAUUAAUUGUGAGAGAAAAGCAUAAAGUAGCUGUAUUUUUAGCAUUUUAUGUGUGUUUUCAUACAUUUUUUUUGUUAUAUUAUUAGUGAGAAUAGAUUUCAAGCUUUUUCCUAAACAAACCGUUGUCUUUCUUUUGUUUUGCGUGUUGAAAAUGCAACUUCAGAAUAGUCGCCAUUGGAGAAACAAAAUGAAUAAACUUAUACGAGAUUUCAUAGUAUUAGUUUGUCUGAAUCAACUGCGAGAUGAUCCUUAACCUAUUGACUUCGUUUGUGCUGAUAUCUUGAAUCUUUUUUCAGCUGAAAGAUUGAUUGCUUUUCUCACACAAUAAUAGGUAAUCUAAAAUGACUGAUUAAGCUCGAUUGUUUAGCUAUACUUAUUCUUGUGUAUUCCAAAUAACAGGCGAUCAGAUAAUUAGAUAUGGAGAUCGACAAGAAGGACUACCACAUUACAGUGUGAGAUGAGCACAAAACGCUGCUCACGUUGAUCGAAGACACGAAAUUCAAUGAAAUAAUUACUACCAUGGAGCUGAACUAUUUUCUGUCACGAGAAUUACAAGACAAACAAGUUCAUAUUAGAAACAUGAUUAACAUGCAUUAUACAGAGAUAAGAAGAAAUUAGUUUAGGUCUUUUCAUGUAAAUUCUAUAACUAUGCAAAGAAAGGUCAUGUAUAGCUGGAAGAUGUCUCUUUUUAAUCAGAAAUUUACGGGCUACAAUUGUGCCUCAUUAAGAAAGAUUUUGGUUACUUUUUAGAGUUUCUGAAUAACUGGUUUUCCAGAAUACCGGAUCUUCGAAGGGCUAAGGGCAAUCCCCAUGGUCAUAUUGGGAAUCAGUAUGGUCGAUAACCUAUUAUUCUCCAGUUUUUGUUUUCUAUUUUUAUUCUAGUUUUCUUUCGGCCCCUAGCAACAAUUGUGAAAUAAAAAAGAAUGUGAAUCAAUCUUUUCCAUUUUGCAAUCUUAAGAGUCAUCCUUGUGCUUAUAUAGAAGGACGAUGAUUUCUUUCUUCGUUCACAAAAGAAGAAGAUACCUACGGCUUGUCCAGCUAAUGGCCUCCAUUUUUUGCUCUUUUCGAAAAGUUAUU